AUGUCAACUAAACCUUCUCUUCCCUCCGGAGAUGCUCAGUUCGGGUUUGCCGUCAUUCAAAUUACCCGCGAUGAAUACACCAGUCUUGUCAAGACUGCCCAACAAUACGAUACCUUGUGUCGCAAUCUCAUCAAUGGCGGAGUGCAAAGAGAAACAAUAGAGCUUCUCAGUUUACAAACUUCCAAUGGCCCUGAGCCUCGUGUUGAGAAAAGUUCCUUCCAUGCCCCUAUGACAAAUACUAGCUGCUCCGACCACAUGGAGCAACACCAUAUCCCUACCACAUCAUAUCAGACCAGUCAUGCCGACCCGUAUCGUUUUGUCGCUUACCCGAAUUCAAGACGCACUCCUUCUACAGCUGAUGGAACUGAAUCAGACGACUUGGAAUUAGUUGAUGAUUCGUCUACCGAUUCGGAAAUCGAAAAGUCUAGCACCAUUGAUAACCAAGUUCCAGCAUUGUUCAAUGGCUCCUCGACGCCUGCCGUGCGAAAGAAUGCUACGCGAACAGUACAACUCAUUAACCUUGCGGAAGGCACUACCCUUGCAAAUAUCACAUCUGUUGUAAAGGGUGGAUUUCUCGUCAACAUAUACUCUCGGCUCAGAGAUAACAUGGCGUCCCUCUCCUUUCUUCAUUCAAGUGAUGCUCAUGCGUUCUACUCUUAUGUACAGGCCAAUGGACUGUACAUCAACAAUAAAAAGGUUGUUCCUGUUUUUCAACACUGCUCCGCACUCCCCGAAACUGACCGUAUCCUACUCCUAGGUCGACAUUAG